UGGAGAAGUAGUGAAGAGGCGCGCGUGGUGAAAAUACAAAAAGGAAGGAAAUCAGACAAGUAUCAAAUCUGGAUCACAUAAACAGCUCUUUAAGACAAAACUCUCUUUUGGCUUCCUUCUUGUCUGAAUCAUUUUUGAGAGCAGUAGAAACGAGAUGGAAGGAUUGAUCAAAGGUUUGGCCGAUGUUGCUUUCGGAGGAGGAGACGAGCGUCGCGGAGGAGAUGAUGAAAGGGACGAGAGACCCAGAUCCACUUGGGCUAAUGUGGUUUCCGGUGAGAACGAUGAUCAGAACCGCGCGGGAGGAUCGGUGCCAUCGCCUCAUGGUCGACGCCAAAAUCCAGAGGAGAAUCAAUGGGAGAAGAAAGGAGAAAGGAUGUCCACAAGACAUUCAAAUAAGGAAGAGAAUGAAAAUGCUGCUCAAGUAACCGACCAACAAGACUCCUCCGAGAGCCAGAAAGAAGACAACGACGGUUGGGAAACCGUGGGGAAAAAGAAACCUGCAAGACAAUCUCAUAAGGUCAAGAAGGAGCAAUGGCAAGGCUACAAGUGCCCAGCGAGUGAACAACACUACUCAGACGACGUUGAAACACAUGGAGGAGACCUAGAGCCCUCACAGCUAGAGCUCUCAGGCCUCUCAGAAGCUUGCAACAAACUCUGGGAGCUCGACUCGAACCGCCUCGUUCCCGGAAACGAUUACCAGAUCGACUGUGGAGAUGGGAAAAGAGUCCACGAGAGAUCAGACAUGGCUGAAGGGUUGCUCUUCUCUUGGGUGAGCGACGAGGUCUUCAGAAAACCGACAUUCGCUAGGUUCUGCUCGUUGCUUGACAACUACAACCCACACGAAGGUUACAAAGAAGUUGUCACUCAAGAAGAGAGGCAAGAGCAAGCUGCUUUCAUCGAAGAGAUUAGCAGAACCGCUGUUAUUAAGUACCUUCACAAGUACCUUGUCCUCAAGGACGUUGCUCCUGGAAGCUACCAGGAGUUCAAGAGGAUGCUGACAAGUCUUUGGUUCGAUCUUUAUGGACGUGGAGGUACCUCUGGCUCCUCUUCUGCCUUUGAGCAUGUCUUUGUAGGUGAGAUAAAACAGUGUGGUGGAGAACAAGUCUCUGGCUUCCAUAACUGGCUUCAGUUUUACCUAGAGGAAGCCAAAGGAACUGUGGACUACCAAGGCUAUAUAUUCCCCCGACGUCGUGGUGAAAUUCCUGAUUCAGAGACUCAGUUGCUAACGAUCCAGUUCGAGUGGAACGGUGUUUUAAAAUCAGUGUCAAGUACACUAGUUGGAGUGAGUCCAGAGUUCGAGUUGGCGCUCUACACAAUGUGUUUCUUCAUGGGAAGAGAAGACAACCACAUUCAGUUGGGUCCAUACAGUGUCAAUGUCAAGUGUUACCGACUUGGCAACAACCGUAUUGGCUCAGCUUUCCCCAUUGCAGAAUCUUGAUAACCUCUCUCUCUCCUGAAUCAAAAAAAAACAUUACAAAAAAUAUCUAUGCUUUGAGCAGUACUCUGUUGAAUUAUUAGUAUUGUUGUCUUUCUGUCUACAUGUUAGACUUAGAAAUAUCUUUGCUUUGAUAUUUCCUUGGAUAUUUAUGUGAAACAAUGUUUUGUACUUUUAUGAAAAUGAUUCAACAUAAGAGGAGUUGGGAGAGAAAAAUAUCUUGUAAAAGACAAACUCGUUAACUUUAUGUAUCUAUUGGACGAUCA